ACAGGGACCAGAAAAAGUAAGAUCCUCCUCUCCUAAAUACCUCCCAGAGGAGGUGGGCGCUAUGCAGCUGGCGUUUCCUGCACAGAGAUGCGCUGUGAACCAAAAGAGAUUGAGAACCACUGCACUAGUGGGAAGGAGCAGAACACUCCAUAAUACUGAGGAAAGCAAGUCCCGCUAUCAUUUUUUUUAGAACUAGGAUUACAAACAUCAUCAUCAACAACAACACUCCGUUUCCCUCUACAUUACAUCUACGGAAGCCAAGGUGCCACCUGGAGGAAUAACAGAAGGAAUGGCAUGGAGCCUGUGGAAAAUUUGGGGAGUGCAAGCCAGUGCCCAGAUUAUGGCAUGAAAGGGAAGGGGAACCCUUAAUUAAAUUCCUGUAUUCCCUAUAAUGACAGUAGCUAAAGGGGUUUGCAUGAUGCAAGGAAGGGGAACAAGCCACCCCUGUCCCCUGCUUAAUUCAUGCAUUGAACACAACCCAGUUCUCUGACUCCCCUGUUUGGCUUCCUCUCCUUGCUGCCUCCACCAGAGUGUCAUUUACUGAAUCUGAUUUCCCAUCCUGACUGCCAUGAAACGAAAGACUCUGCAGCUGUUCCUCUGACUCCUCAUUCUCUUGCUCCUUGCCCUGUUUUUCCUGUGAGCCUCUCUAAAAGGCACCUCUUCUAGGAUCCCUGAUACUUCUCAGCAAAGAGACGUGCGCACUGAGAUAAAGAAAGAUUCUCACCUAAGCCCAAUAGCGGCAGCGGCAGCGGUGGCGAGCUCAAAUGCAGAAAGAGCAUCCAGCAGCAACAGCGGAGGAAGCCCAGGUCUUGUAUUCAUCCCACAGUAAGCCCCAUCCAAAUCCUAGCCAGCACAAAAGGGACCAGGGUUGGGGGGGGGGUCUGGUUUUUUUUGCAGCAAGUCAGAGAAAAGCUGAUGCGCUCCUGAAAAAGUGAGCAAAGCAGGGUUGUUAUGCUAGAAUCCACAGCAAAAAGUGUAGUAGGUGAGCACUGGCUGGCUUUGAGUGGCAGUCUGGAAAGCAAAGCGGGUGGAGGAAAUGCCAGACUGCUGGUAGGAAUCUUGGAAAGGAAUGAAAGGUUGAGCAUUGCUCCUUUUAGCUGGAGGUCUAGCUGAGAUUCUGGGGGUUUGGGGAGUCGAGCAGUUGCUUCUGGGAUGCAAGUGAAGAAGCAGAAGUGCAGCAAUUCAUGGUGGCUUUGGGGCUGAUGGGAACGUAGCAGAAAACAAACGCCGUGGGUGCUUCAGGACCACAGAUAGACAUGGAUGGACUUUACCUACAGAGAGGAGGAAGUGGCGGCGCAUCAGCCAUGACUAACGAUACCCUCAUUAAAGAAGGCCGAGUGGAGGAGGAGAACUCAGAGUUGUCCCUACGCGUGGUGAUGGCCACUUUGCUGCUGCUCCUCAUCCUCUCCACCCUGCUGGGCAACACCCUUGUGUGCAUGGCCGUGAUCAAAUUCAGGCACCUGCGUUCAAAGGUCACCAAUUUCUUUGUCAUCUCCCUGGCUGUUUCAGACCUCUUUGUGGCCCUGCUGGUGAUGCCGUGGAAGGCGGUCACUGAAGUGGCCGGCUUCUGGCCCUUUGGUGGCUUCUGUGACAUCUGGGUGGCCUUCGACAUCAUGUGCUCCACGGCUUCAAUCCUCAACCUGUGCAUCAUCAGCAUGGACCGCUACUGGGCCAUCUCCAGCCCUUUCCGCUAUGAGCAGAAGAUGACCCAGCAGGUAGCUUUUGUCAUGAUUGGGGUGGCUUGGAUGCUCUCUGUCUUGAUCUCGUUCAUACCGGUCCAGAUGAGAUGGCACAAAGCUGGCAAGCUCCCUCCUGCCCACAAGACAGACUCCAAUGUCACCUGGAACUCAGAGGAAAACUGUGACUCCAGCCUCAACAGGACCUAUGCAAUUUCCUCCUCCCUCAUCAGCUUCUACAUUCCCGUCGCUAUCAUGAUAGUGACGUACACCAGGAUCUUCCGCAUUGCUCAGCGACAGAUACGGAGGAUCUCCUCUUUAGAGAGGGCUGUGGAGCAUGCCCAGAGCUGCCAAAGUAAUGAGUGCCCCCAUGAAGUCUCCUUGAAGAACACCUUCAAAAAAGAGACCAAGGUCCUCAAGACCCUCUCCAUUAUAAUGGGGGUCUUUGUCUUCUGUUGGCUGCCUUUCUUCGUGCUCAAUUGUAUCGUACCCUUCUGUGACCACAACCUGCAGAAGCUGGGGGAACUGCCUUGUGUCAGCGACACAGUCUUUGACAUCUUCAUCUGGUUUGGCUGGGCAAACUCCUCCCUCAACCCCAUCAUCUAUGCCUUCAAUGCUGACUUCCGAAAGGCCUUUGCGGCCAUCUUGGGCUGCAGCCGCUUUUGCCCCAGCAACGCAGUGGAGACUGUGAACUUCAGCAACGAGUUAGUUUCAUACCAUCACGACACUACCUGCCAGAAAGACCUGGUGACCUUGAGUUACCCACACCUCCCCCAUGCCACAACCCUCCGAGGGGAGGAGAAUGACCUGACCUUUGAUAAAGUCUCCCAAAUCUCCGAAGCGUCUCAUGACAACAAGGCAGCCGCUUUGUCGGCGAUAGUGCAUGUGGAGUAUGAGAUGGAUAUAUCACUUGAGAAGAUCACUCCCUUUGCCUCUAAUGCUCUGGACUGAAAGAGGUUGAUGGAUGGUUGUGUGAAGAAGGGGGUGCAUG